UUUAUCUGGUCCAGUGUGGGAUACGUUUCUGUCCAAAGUUGAUCAGCUAAUGAGCCUGGAGCGUCGGCUCGCCCGGAUCUAGCAACAAUAUUGAAUUCAUUUCUGGGAUUGUUACUUCUUUUUACUUUGUUGGUGUGAGGACUAAAGGACACGUUGGUUUUAGUAAUGUAUUAAAAUUAGCUGGUUCAGCUGCUCUGCUAAGGAUUGUUUUCGCGGAGUUCUGAGACGGAGAAAUGUCUGGCUGAGGAAUCGUUAUCACUAACAAACCACAAGUUCUGUAAUGAUCGAUUAAUGCAAUCGUAAUGGCAUUCAAGGCACAGGUUUUAUAUGACUUCACAGCAGAACCAGGGAACAAUGAGCUCUCAGUGAAGGAAGGGGAAACAAUCACAAUUACUAACCAGAACAUAGGAGGUGGUUGGCUAGAAGCGCAGAACUCCAGAGGAGAGAUCGGCCUGGUGCCAGAAGACUAUGUGGAGCUCAAUAAGCCACAGCCAUUUGCAGCAGCAGGAAAUGCAGCCCCAUUGGACCUCUCCUUCUUUGACACUCACGCCCUGACCCCAGCCUGCAGUACCCAGAGCCAGGUGGAAGUAGUUCAGCUGGAAACUCCAGCCACCCCCUCCUCUUCCCCCAAUGAGAGUAACGGUAAUGACCCUUGGGCAGUGUUCGACACCAACGCCUCUGGGGGGUUCUCCAAUAACUGGGCCGCCCAGCCUGAGGGCACAGAAACGGGCAGGACUGGCAGCAGUGUCUGGGGCUCCAGUGCGCAGGGCCAUCCUCAGGCCUACCAGGGCCCAGACAUUUACCCUUAUCCAUACUUAAUCGAUUACACAGGUGCAGAUGACGAUGAGUGGGACGAUGAGUGGGAUGAUAGGAAGUCCUCCUAUACCGAAGGAGAAGCAGGUGAAGGCGGGGCCUUGAACAGAGGCGGAGCCCACGGGACAUCCAUGAAGAUCUCCCUCAACAAAUUCCCUGGCUUCUCCAAAUCAGGCCCAGAGCUGUACCUCUUAUCCAAACAGGCUGCCAAAGGAACCAAGCUGUCUGUCUUUCAAGGGGAGGUUGGGCCAGUGUGGGAGUAUCCUGAGACCCAAUUGGACUGUGUUGUAGCAGACCCUAAAAAGGGCUCCAAAAUGUAUGGACUCAAAAGCUACAUCGAGUACCAGGUCACACCCAACACCACCAACAAACCUGUCAACCACAGAUACAAGCACUUUGACUGGCUGUAUGAGAGACUUUUGGAUAAAUUUGGCUCAGCCAUCCCAAUCCCAUGCCUACCAGAUAAGCAGGUGACAGGGCGCUUUGAGGAGGAGUUCAUUAAGAUGCGCAUGGAGAGGCUUCAGGCCUGGAUGUCUCGCAUGUGCAGACACCCAGUCAUCUCCAGCAGUGAGGUCUUCCAGCUCUUCCUCACCUACAAAGACGAGAAGGAUUGGAAGAUGGGAAAGAGAAAAGCAGAGAAGGAUGAGACGGUCGGUGUAAUGAUCUUCUCCACCAUAGAGCCCGAGGGAGUGCCAGACCUGGACCUUCUGGAAGUAGAGCAGAAGUGUGAGCAGUUCAGUCGUUUUACUAAAGCAAUGGAUGAUGGAGUGAAGGACCUAUUGACAGUGGGACAGGAGCACUGGAAACGAUGCACAGGACCCCUGCCAAAGGAAUACCAACGGAUUGGCAAAGCUUUCCAAAACCUGUCAUCAGUGUUCAACAGCAGUGGAUAUGAAGGGGAGGCCACUCUUACUGACGCUCUGACGGCAGCAGGGAAGACCUAUGAGGAAAUUGCCCAAAUGGUGGCAGAGCAGCCCAGAAAAGAUCUUCACUCCCUCAUGGAGACUAACAACGAGUACAAAGGGCUUCUAGGAUGCUUCCCUGAGACCAUCGGAGUUCAUAAGGCUGCAAUAGAGAAGGUGAAGGAGGCUGAUAAGCUGGUGGCCACCUCUAAGAUAACCCCGGCAGAGAAAGUCACCAUGGCCAAGCGACUCAGUACCAUGUCUUACUCAUUACAGGCGGAGAUGAACCACUUCCAUAACCACCGCAUCUAUGACUACAACAGGGUGAUGCAGUUGUACCUGGAGCAGCAAGUGAAAUUCUAUGAGACGAUCGCUGAGAAGCUGAGACACGCUCACAGCCAGUUCACUACCAUGUAAAGAAGAGGACUGCACCGACACACACAGCUGCACCCACCGCGCUGUGGGGACGUCGUUCUACCUUUCCUCUCUCCCACACCCCCUCCCACGCUCCGCUUCUUCUGUUCCUCUUUCUGUUCAAGAUUUAUUUGCCUGUGACCUCAGUGUCUAAAAAAGCUUCUGUCUAUCUUAAGGCCAAAGGCAGAUAAAAUACCACAUAGCGUCUCUUUCAGCACAAAGCAGCUGCCCGCAGUUCUUCAUUUUAAAGUGACAGAGCAAGCAAGCUUUCCCUCUAAGAUCAGUGAAGACGCUUGAGGCCAAGACAUUAAACGGACAACAACGACAGCAACAAACUAGCCCCGCUUGACGAUGCGUUUAUUGCUCCAUGACCAUUUGCUCGGUUCGCCUCGUCCUCAUUUUAGCCGACUCCAUUUCUCUUGUCCUGUGAGUCUCCUGCGGUGAUGAAAGGGGAGGAUUGGCUGUGCCGUUCUGCACGCUCUUAGAGGUGUGGCCUUUUGCAGAGGCAUGACCUCUCUCACUGUGCCUUUUAUGUCUGUACUGGAGAAGCUCAGCACAAAACACACACACACACGUAAAGACAUCUCUGGAGGAUAUAUAGGAGGGCUGGUCCUUUUUUGCACAAUAGAUGGCAUCCAUGCAUCAAAUGUUUUUUCUCCUCUCUCUCUCUCUCUCUCUGUCUCUCUCUCGCCAAAUGUUGAGCAGCAUUGCCUGUCACUAAGCAAUGUUUUCUGCUAAUGUUUCCAGCUCAGUGCAAUCUUCCUCAUGUGCUUCUUUAGCCCUCUCACAUGAACAUAUAUUCUUUAUCAGGUGCAUGUGCUUCCAUUUCUCCAUGUAUUGUUUAUGUACAGCAACGUUUUCGUCAUUUGCACCAAGGAUGAUUUAAAAAACAAAAAGUUAUUUUGACAAUUUAAUAAACCCUGAUUUGUACUCUCUA